UUCAUCAUUUCUUGUUGGCUGUCGGCUCGGCCGCGGCGCUUAAUCAUUCUGGUAUAGAAGAUAGAAGAAAGUGGCUGUUAAAUUUCAGAAUCCUCCGAGUUUUAUUUGAAAUUGACAACUAUUGGAAGUAGGCGUUAAAAAAUGGAAAAUCUAGUGACUACUUUACUCGAAAUGGGGUUUCCCAAACAGCGGAUCGAACUAGCAAUUGAAAAAACUAAGAGCAAGGAUUUGCAACUGGUGAUGGACUGGAUGCUGUCCCAUGAAGAAGAGUUGGACACAGCUCCUGCUUCAUUCGCUAGUGAGGCAGCCCAAGCAACUUCAUUACCGGGAAGACUAGCACCGAGACUAUCACCAACUGAAACCGCUGCACCAUUCGAAAUCACUGGGCGAACCGAAGAACCACAAAAGGAAUUUGAAAAACCAGAAAGGGGACCCGAAGAACCUACCAAACUAACAGCGACUGUGGCUCGAUCUGUUAUAUGUGAUGAUUGUGGAAAAGUGUUCAAAACAACUGAAGAAGUCGAGUUUCACGCUGAGAAAUCAGGCCAUGAAAAUUUCACUGAAUCUACAGAUGAGAAAAAACAAUUGACUGAAGAAGAAAAAAAGGAACAAUUGGCUUUAAUAGAAGCUAAGCUAAGGCAACGUCGACUUGAGAGAGAAGCAAGAGAAAAGGAAGAGGCCUUGGAAAAGGAAAGAAUGAGAAUUAGGUCCGGGAAAGAAAUUUUGGAAGCUAAAAAGAAACAUGACGAAUUGGAAAUGAAGAAGAUAAUUCAACAAAGAAAGAAAGAAAAAGAAGACGAACGCUCAGCCAGGCAAAGGGUGAGAGAACAAAUUUUGGCUGACAAAUUGGCAAGAAAGGUUAAAUUUGGUGAUGGACCGGCCCCUAUCAAUGAACCAGUGGCUGUGCAACCUGACAUUCCAGAUUCUGCCAUAGAGAAGAAGCCCUCCCAAAAUUAUUCCGAGGUUAAAUUACAGAUUCGUUUGAGUGAUGGAAAGACUUUGGUGCAAAGUUUUGGCAUCAAAGAACCACUCUCAGCCGUGCGCCUUUUUGUGGAGAUGAACUAUAUGGACGGCCCAUUCAACCUGAUGAACAGCUUUCCCAGAAAAGUUUUUACCAGUGAAGACUACGAAAAACCAUUGGAAGCUUUGGGUUUGGCACCUACGGCAACACUUAUUGUCACUAAAGCCUAAAAUGAUGGUUUGCCUGUUUUUUUUUUAUUACAAUAUUAAUAAGUACAAUACCAAAGGCAAGUUUUUUUUUUUAAAUUAUGUAUAAAUAAUUAUUUUGUUUUCUUUUUGUAAUUCAACAAGAAUUCAGAUCACCAAUUCUUUGAAAUUGGUAGGUAUUUUUUAAGUUUGUUAUUGUCGCUAACUGGAUUUCUGUUGGAACAAAUCUUGACCUUUCUGUACCCAACUCUAAUGGCACAAGGUCCUGUUCCAGUAAAAAACCAACAGCCAGAAAAUAAAAAAAUUGAGGAUCUGUUACUUCUCGUUGGAAUAAAAAUGUUCGCUCCUAAGCAAAUGGAACCUCUCUCGCCUAUAUAAUAUUAUAAUGUAUAUCUUAUUUGUUUACUUACUUAUCAAUAAAUAUAUUUCUUUUGUAUAA